AUGGUGCUGCCGUUCAUACCGCCCAAGUUCGCGAACGCGGACUCCAACACUCUGCUCAAACCGUCCGAGUAUCUGAGGAGCAUCUGCAAACCGUCCGCGAAGAACAGUCUCUCGAAGGCAAGGUCGGUCGACAACUUGGACAUACAGAGCAGAGUCCCGGACCGGCGAGAGUUCACCGUGGCCGACGAGGAGGAAGAGGACCAGGAGGAGGAGGAGGAGGAGGACGAGGAGCCCGAGAAGGAGGAAGACGAGGAGGCGCCGCGGCCGCGGCCGCAGCCGCAGCAGCAGCAGCAGCAGCAGCUCGGCUCGGCGGCGGCUGCACCCGUACCGGCGCCGCCAUUGCCGAGCACCGAAAACGCGAGCUCGGGACCUCCGCCGCCUCCUCUCUCGCCGUUGCAGAGACUGCGACGAAACGGCGAGGAGAUCGGAACCGGCCAGGGGUCGGCCACCGCCGCCGAGACCGAGCAGUCGAUCGCCAAGGCCGCGCAACCUCUCGCGACCAUCAGCAUUCAGGACCUGACGAGCAUCCAGUUGCGGAGAACAACCGCGAAAAUGAACGCGACGAAAACGUUCUCCGCGCCGCCGCCUCGCAGCGUCUCCAUGACCAACGUUUCAGAGACGUUUUUCGUCCAGAAGACGGACUUGAUCGCGGAACUGAAGAAAACCAAGGACAUACCCGGAAUUAAGAAGCUCAAGGUCGAAAUGGCGCAAGUCGAGAAGACGCAGGAGCAGAAUCUCAUGUCGGAGAUCAGCAAGGCGUUCAGCGUCUCGAACUUUGUGGAUCAGAUUCCGGAGAAAGACAGUUCCGGAAACCUAAUACCCAUAUGGAAACGACAAAUGUUGGCUCGUAAAGCUGCCGAAAGAGCAAAGAAGGAGUUGGAGGAGCAAAUCGCCAGAGAAAACGAGGAGAGACGACAAAAGGCGAUUCCAGCGUGGAAGAGGCAGCUGCUCGCGAAAAAGGACGUCGAGGAGAAAAAACUGAGCAACGCCCCAUCGGCUGCAUCCGUUGCGGGAGCUACAGCUGUCGCGGCCAAGGCGGACGGUCCGGCGUUCCAGAAACGAGACGCUUCCCCGAGCGCCGCGCAGACGAAUCGAUCCGAAGAAAAGUCGGAAUCGGAGGAGAAGAAAACCGAGGGAAAUCGCGGCGGCCACCUCGCCGAACCGGAAGAAGACGACGACGACGACGCGCAAAUCAUCAUACCGUGGCGAGCGCAGCUCAGGAAAACCAACAGCAAGCUGAACAUCUUGGACUGA